AAGCCACCAAGUCCCUCACCAAGAAUAUUUGGAUGAAAUUGAAACAGCUUCCGAUUCCCUCACAAUUAAUUUUCUUCUUCGCUUACGAUUCCCCGUCGAAGAACUCCUCAAUCUCUGUUUCAAUUUUCUUCUCUCUCGUUCUUCAGUCUCCUAAAUCGUUUCUGCAACGAGAUCACGGAUAAGUUCCGGGAUUCAUCUCUUCUGAUUCGGAAGAAUGUCUCGUGUUCGGAAUUUCAGUUAUCAAGGAGGGAUGACUUAUGAUGAGUACUGGGCCACUUUGAAUAGAUAUGAUUUCAAAGACCAUCAUCAAAUGACAAAUAGGAGCAAUUAUUAUGAUAAUGGCUAUUGCAACCAUUUUGAAUUCUCAGGGCAGUAUAAAGAGCAGGUUAAUAGGUCUAUUUAUGCGAGGACUGAUACUUUGAACACCAUCAAGUCUCAUAAUUCUCAGUCUUUUAAAAGGAGGAAGUUUUCUGCUUCACGUUGGGAGGAUAGUGGGAAAUACCAUUGGCAGGCGAGGGCAUAUGUUAGUGGACCUUCAAUCUAUAGCAAUUUGGUCCAUCCUCCUCCAAGAUCCAACAACGAUGUCUCUACGUCUGCCAGCUGUAAACGCAGCCGCUCAAUAAUGGAAGACGAUGAGCCUUUCUUUAUGACCAGGGAUGAGAUUGAGAGAUGUUCACCUUCAAGAAAAGAUGGUAUUGAUACGGUACGUGAAACACAUCUGCGGUACACAUACUGUGCCUUCCUUCAGAGUCUUGGUUUGCAGCUUGAGUUACCACAGACUACCAUUGGCACUGCAAUGAUUCUAUGCCAUCGGUUUUUUAUUCGAAGGUCACACGCUUGUCAUGAUAGAUUUUUGAUUGCCACAUCUGCGCUCUUCCUUGCUGCAAAAUCUGAGGAGACACCACGCCCUCUGAAUAAUGUCUUGCGAGCUUCGUGCCAAAUUCUACACAAACAGGAUUUUAAUGUCUUAUCUUAUAUGCUCCCUGUUGAUUGGUUUGAGCAAUAUCGUGAAAGAGUAACUGAGGCUGAACAAUUGAUACUGACUACACUGAACUUUGAACUCAACGUACAACAUCCCUAUGCUCCUCUUAUGUCUGUUCUUAACAAGAUAGGUCUUUCACAGUCGAUCUUGGUGAACCUUGCACUGAACUUAAUCAGUGAAGGGAAGCUUCUUGGCUUGUGUAGUCUAUUAGUAAGCAUGCCCUUGCAAUUGCGAAAAAGUAGGUCAAUGAUGUAACGAUAAGAUUUAGAUUUGUGAUGUGUGGGUGCAAGAACCUCAAUGGAAUGACAGAUUUCUUGAAUUUUGGCAUUGAUUGUGGCAUGAAAGAGGUUGCGCUGGUGAUCUUCUUUCCUUCUAGGUAUCAAAAUGGUGUGUUACUUUUGUCACUUGUUUUCUUGUUAGAGCGAGCUACCGUUCCUUACACAUUUCUCAUACUAUGAAUUAUUGAUUUUUCUGGCAUGCGUAUAAUUUGCAGGAUCUAUGCACGAUUAGUAUGCUCGCCUGUUUGAUAUACUUAGCUGGCGGAUUGAUAUGCUGUUCAUGGAAACUUUUGUUUUACAAGUGAAGUUAUUUUAACCAUGAAUAUACCCCAUCAACUUGGUACUUGGUGCUAAUGAUUGCCAAUGAGCUUACUGCAUCACUUUCUAUCUUUUCUUAACAAAAAUAUCUAUUUCUCUUCCUCUCCCUGGAGCGUCCUCUUUAGGCCAUUCAUUUUCCUAUACCUUGAAAGAUACGGGAUAUUUUCCUUAUGGACUUUUUGACUUUGAAGAGCCUCCACAUGUGAUUGAACCUUCAAUCUAUUGUCUUUAUAACUUAGAGGACCGCUGCCAUUGGUUUUGCUUUUGCUCUUAUUUCCCAAUGAUGGGUGAUCAAGUGAGUCUAAUUGAGAAUAUCUGCUGACCAGCUUCUUGGGAUGAGUUUCUAUUUAGCACAGAAUAAGUCACAAUGUGAUUUAGAUCUUAGAUAAACCUCUCUUUGGUCUUUUCUUUAGCACAGAAUAAGUCACAGUAUUUACUCUUUGAAGAUUUAAGUGUACAUGAUUUAAAUAACAUGUCAAACCACCAGAUUCUUGAUGUUCCAUUGAGCAUGUACGCACAAGCAAGCAGCCCUUCAGUUGGAAACCUUAAAUUUGUGUCGACUCAUUUUAUAAGUCAUGUAUUUGCUGACUGCUGUCUAUACUUGGUAAAUUAUCACGUGGAUAUCUGUUGAUCAUUUUGAGUCAGAGAGAGGGUGGAACUCAAAUGUGGCGUGACUAUGACUGGUUCAGGAUGGGCGGAAUCUGAAUGUGAAUAUGGGUUUCUUGAUAGGGACAGAAUGUGAAUUAUGGAAGAUCAUAUUAAAAAAAAAUUUGGAUCCCCCUCUCGCACUAAGAGAAAAUAUAAUGCAUGCAUUCAUAUACAUACCUUUGUCUAUUACUGCAUAUGCCUCCAUUUUCCAGUUUUUCCCAUCCUUGUUUGACAUACAAUGUGUUACUUUAUUUUCAUGAAGCAUUUUCUCUGUUUUUUGUGUUUUCAUCACAAUGAAACCUGAAGUUUUGCUGUUUUGACAUAAAUGGUAUAAUAUUUAAAUUAUUUUAUAUAUGAAAUAUAUAUUACCUUGGGCUGGUUUGCUUUUGAAAUUUCUUUGCUUUCCUGUAAAAUCUUUAUUGGCUUUUUUUCUUAACAACCAAAGGAGUUCUAUUCAUUCUCGUCUUGCACUUCCACACAUUGCUUUUGUUUAUAAUCUUACCCCUUUUGCUUUCGGUCAUUCAUCAUUUAUUUAUGGGGUGAGAAAGUAUGUACAUCUCUUAUCGACUAUGGAAUGUUUAAGAAACUACGGUUUUUUUAAACUCUCUUAACAUUCAUCAUAGGAUUGGAUUUUCAACUAAUCUGUCUUUUCUGUGUUGCUCUUGUUAUCAAAUAUAUACCGCUGUCAUGACCACAACACUUCCUUGAACUUUGAUAUCUAAUAUGCUUAUUAUCUGACUUCUUGGAUAUUCUAAGCUAUUAAAAUUUUGAAACUAUUGUGAAAUUGUAUCAGUUUCUCACAUGCCGUUUCCUAUGGGAAAAAAAAUUCCCUUCUCUCUCUAUUUUGCUUUUAUUUUCAAAAUAGCUUAUUCAUGACUUCGAAACAUUUUAAUUUGUGUUUUUAAAAUCCAGCACUCUCCUAUAGAUGGAAAGAUGCAUGUCUGGCCUUUUUCAUCUUGCCAUAAUGAGUAGAUGCAUCACUAUUUUGAAUGAAGCUGAUUAUUUUUUUUUUUUGUUAUGAUGAAUAUAUUGACCAGUCAUUCUAUAUGUUGUGAUUAUAGGAAACCCUGAAGGUGUAAACUUUUGAAAUAUUCAGUGACAUCAAGGUUUUGCAUUCAAUUUGUUGGACAUAUAAAUUGUAAAUUUUAAUUUCUUUCAGGUGAUGUUUGUUCCAAUUUAUAUGGUCAUUAGAAUCACAAUCAUCAAUUAAACAACGUUGUGAUCUGCACGCUUGUGUAAAGGUGCUGUCUAUAGAAACUUCACCCUCUCCUGCCCCCCCUUCCAUCAAAAGAUACCGAAUAAAACUACUUUCAAGGUACAAACUUUACAACAGAUGCAACUUUCCAUGGAAAGGCAGUUUUGCCCAUAGAAACCACCCCCCUCCCCCUCUUGCCCAUAUGCCUAACCAAAAGAGAAGAGUAAAACCAUGUCCUGUUCUAAACAUUCUAAGGAUAAUUACCUUAAUUAAGGUAGAAGCUUUACAAUGGAUUUAACUUUCCAUAAACCUGAGUCUUUUCUUCUCGUGUGUAUUUGUACAACGGUGGGAAUUUUGGGUUGGAUCUGUAAGUAGGGUAAACUUGCAUGCUUUCAAGCACGAUGAGAUGAGAGUGCUUGAUGACAAUCCAGUACAGAUCAACAUUUACAUCAUUUAGAGCCUUGAAGAUGGUGGGUUGCUUUGAGAAGUUUGAUUGUUUGCAAUAUGCCACAACCUCCUGUCUUUUAGUUUGGGUUGCAUUAGUUUCUGGAAUGAAAAGCCCCUGCAGCCAUUUUACCUGGGAGUUUGAUGUAUUCUGUAUAUGGGGUAUAACAUAUAUCGUAUGAUAGUGAUACUAUCGGCAAUCUUCCAGAGAUUCUUGGAAAUAUUCUACCUGAGUUGCUGCUUUUUAGUUGGUAAGAAGAAACGUGAUAUUUACUUUGCUCUUGCUCUUAGUUUUUAUUGUUGUAUACAGUUGUAUAUUUAGAGCUGAUGCACUUUUUUGUCUUGAAGUACUGUUACACAUUGCCAUCCUCUUUAGGAGUGGACCCAGAUGGUUUGUUCAACUGUUUUGUGUUCUUCAACUGGUUAUUGUGGUUGUGGUAGUUGCAUAUGAGACUGAAAUGUGUUUUUUUUUUUUUAGGCUGAGGAGCUCACUCUGGCUUCAAUUUAAGCCUCAUCAGAUAGCUGCUGGAGCUGCAUAUCUGUCUGCCAAGCUAUUGAAUAUGGAUUUUGCUCCUUAUCAAAAUAUCUUGCAAGAG